GCGCGCGUGCGCUGGUGGACGCCGCGGACCGGGGAUUUGCGGCGGUUGCAGUUCCGCUCGCAGCGCGUUCUUCUUUCUCUCCUUCUUUCUUUCUUUCUUUCUUUCUUUCUUUCUUUCUUUCUUUCUUUUUUUUCUUUCUUUUUUUUCUUUCUUUCUUUUUUGUCUCCUCUCUUGUCUGGCUAUAAGCAAAUGUUGUCAGACCAUGGCUUCCCGGCGAUCCGCCCAAUUGCGCAGCCUCCGCCGCAGUAUGCACCCCAGCAGGCGCCGAUAUAUAUUAACCGACCGAUUCAUCUGGUUCAACCGCCCACAAUGCAGCUACCCAUCGUCGCAGCUGCUCAGAACACACAAGGGCAUUGGAUGAAGGGACUCUGUAGCUGUAUGGAAGACUGGGGUGUAUGUUGCUGGACUUGCUUUUGCCCUUGUGUCACAGUUGGGAGGACAAUUGAGAUACUGGAAGACGGAGAAAAGAGGUGGUUUACAGGAUGCACCUUAUUCAGCCUUACCCAGUUGAUAUGCUCUGGGGCAUUUUAUACUGGUAGAUAUCGAUCGAAGCUCCGAAGGAAAUACCAACUUCCCCCGGAGCCUUGCAAUGAUUUUCUUGUCCAUUGCUUUUGCGGUUGCUGUGCGUAUUGCCAAGAACAUAGUGAACUCAAAGCCAGGGGUUGGGACCCUACAUCUGGGUACCUAAAGUCGAUAUCAAGAUUUCAGGCACACGGUAUGCCGGUUGUAUCAGCUCCAGGUGAGCAAUACAUGCAGUAAUAGCUGCAAUACCUAAUAAAUUGCGCAUGAAUGC